AUGCUGGACCAUAACGAAUUAAACAAAUAUUUCACAAAAUCUCAACAACAAGACAUUAUCGAGUUGAAUGACAUUUGCAUGAAAACCCCUCCCGGGAGAAUUAGAAAGCCCCGUGUUCGUAAAUUCAAGCCAGGCUAUAUUCCUCGACCUGUCAACAGUUUCAUGUCCUUCAGAACAGAGAAACAGUCCAUCAUCCGAAAGUUUUGUCCUACUGCAAACCACCGUGACAUUUCAAAAGUUGUGGCUAAAUGGUGGCAUGAAGCUGACCAGAAUGAAAAGUCUUAUUUUGUCACAAAAGCAAUCGUAGCUAAGCGCGCUCAUACAGAAAGAUAUCCAGACUAUGUCUUUCGUCCCAAAUCAAAGAACACAAAAAAGAAACGCAGCAAGAAACAUGGCAUCAAUGCUUCCCCUGUUGAUCUAGAAUCUCAAGUGGAUCAGGACAAGAGCAGCAGCGAAAAUGCUCUGCUUUACACGGACAGUAUCCUCUAUGAAACUCAAAAUACGCUUCCUCAAAACAAUGGACAAGCCUAUUUUGAUUUUAUGUUUCAAAAUAUUAACAGUGAUCUUAAUUGCCUUCAUGUUAUCAAUGAUAAUGAGCAGGUCAGUAACUUCAGCCAUGUUAGCAACAAUAGCCUUGAUCCAGACUAUAACACUUUAUACAAACUGCCUUAUCCGUCUAUGCUUCCUUAUGAUCACCAUACAGAUAAUGUCUUUCAUCAAGCCUUUACUUUCACAUCUCUUUUUACUGAUAUGGAUAACUAUGCCAUGCUCGAUUCAACCACUCUGGAUCAAAACCAACUCUCCUUUGACAGCAAUGUUGCACCUAACGAAACACCUGCCUUAGACUUCUCUAAGUCACCUACUACAUAUGGUCAAGUUGAAUCCAUAACAUCUUUUGGUACACCAAUUACCUUCAAUAACUCUUUUACUAAAUCAGAAAGUUUUGAUGGCAUUUUCGAUGUCUUUUCUGACUACAGUCUCUCAAGCAAUCACUCUUCUUUGAUUUAUGAAAAUAAUACUAUGGACAAUACUUUUAACUUUGACAGUGGAGUGAUGAAAUAGACACAGAAAAAAAAAGAGAGCCUGCUAUCAUUUUUGACACCCAGUCUUUUUUUGUAGAACAAUAAAACUUAACA